CUCAUCAAUAAUUGAAACCUUUCUCCAUAUAGCUUCACAUCUCUACUAUAAACAAUAAUUGAAAUUAUUCUCUCUGCACAUCCAUUUUUCCCAUUUCUACUAAUCUUCUCUACCCUUUUCAUAAACAAUGGCUGAAAUCGUUGUCUCUGCCUUCUUCUCAGUGGUUUUUGAAAAGCUUGCCUCUGAAGCCUUGAAGAAGAUCGCUCGCUCCAAGGGAGUUGAUUCUGAGCUCAAGAAAUUGAAGAGGUCAUUAGACCAGAUCCAAGAUCUGCUUAACGAUGCUUCUCAGAAGGAAAUAGCUAAUAAUGCUGUUAAAAGAUGGCUGAAUGGUCUCCAACAUCUGGCUUACGACAUAGACGACCUACUUGAUGAUUUGUCAACAGAAGCUAUGCGUCGUGAGUUAACCGAGGAACCUGGAGCCACCACCAGCAUGGUAAGAAAGCUAAUCCCAGCUUGUUGCACAAAUUUCUCACUGAGUACUAAGAUUCAUAGCAAAUUAGAUGCUAUUACCAUCGAGUUACAAAAGCUGGUAGAGGAAAAAGAAAAUCUUGGUUUAAGUGUGAAAGAUGAAAGCCCAAAACAUAUGAACAGACGAUUACAGACCUCUUUGGUAGAUGCAUCUAGGAUUAUUGGACGUGAAGGUGAAAAGGAUGCGUUGCUCCACAAGCUAUUGGAGGAUGAACCUUGCGAUAAAAACUUUAGCAUCGUGCCCAUAGUUGGUAUGGGUGGGGUGGGUAAGACCACACUAGCCAGACUUCUAUAUGAUGAAAUGCAUGGGAAGGCUCACUUCGAACUCACGACAUGGGUUUGUGUUUCUGAUGAAUUUGAUAUCUUCAAUAUCAGCAAAGUUAUAUUUCAAUCGAUAGGCGGGGAAAACAAAGAAUUUAAGGACUUAAAUCUUCUCCAAGUAGCUUUAAAAGAGAAGAUCUCAAAGAAAAGAUUUCUUCUUGUUCUUGAUGAUGUGUGGAGUGAAAGCUAUACCGAUUGGGAAAUUCUAGAACGCCCAUUUCUUGCGGGGGCACAUGGAAGUAAGAUUAUCAUGACCACCCGGAAGCUGUCAUUGCUAACCCAACUGGGUUACAAUCAACCUUACACUCUCUCUGUUUUGCCACAUGAAAAUGCUGUAUCUUUAUUCUGUCAACAUGCAUUCGGUGAAAAUAACUUUGAUUCACAUCCAUCACUUAAACCACAUGGUGAAGGUAUUGUCGAAAAAUGUGAUGGCUUGCCGUUGGCUUUGAUAGCACUUGGGAGGUUAUUGAGGACAAAAACCGAUGAGGAAGAAUGGAAGGAGCUGCUUAAUAGUGAGAUAUGGAGGUUGGGAAAUAGAGAUGAGAUUAUUCCAGCUCUUAGGCUAAGCUACCAUGAUCUUUCUGCCAAUUUGAAGCUGCUGUUUGCAUACUGUUCCUUGUUCCCUAAGGACUACAUGUUUGACAAGGAGGAGUUGAUUCUAUUAUGGAUGGCAGAAGGGUUUUUGCGUCUAUCAAGUACAGGGAAAUCAAUGGAACGUAUGGGUGUUGAAUGUUUUGAAGACUUGUUGUCAAGGUCAUUUUUCCAACAGGCGCCUAAUGAUAAAUCGUUAUUUGUGAUGCAUGACCUGAUGAAUGACUUAGCCAUGUCUGUUGCUGGAGAAUUUUUUUCAAGGUUAGACAUUGAAAUGAAGAAGGAAAUUCGGAAGGAUGAUCCGGGUAAGUACCGGCAUAUGUCAUUUGUUUGUGAGAAGUAUAUGGUUUACACAAAGUUCAAGGCAUUCAAAGGAGCUAAUAGUUUGAGAACAUUCUUAGCAUCAUCUUCUGAGCGAAACAAUUGGCAAAAAUUCCACUUAUCGAAUAAAGUUCUGACCGAAUUACUUCGUGAGUUACCAUUAUUAAGGGUCUUAAGUUUGAGUCGACUUAGCAUAAGCGAGGUACCAGAAUUCAUUGGCAGUCUGAAGCACUUGCGGUAUCUUAAUUUAUCUAGAACUAAAAUUACACAUUUGCCUGAUAAUGUCUGUGACCUUUAUAAUUUACAGACGUUGAUAAUUUCUGGUUGUGAGAGUUUGGAAAAGUUGCCCGAGAGCUUCUCAAAGCUUAAAAAUUUGCGGCAUUUUGACAUGAGGGAUACUCAUCGUUUGAAGAAGAUGCCCUUAGGGAUUGGUGAUCUGAAAAGCCUACGAACUCUCUCUAAGAUCAUUAUUGAAGGAGACAACGGCUUUGCAAUAACCGAGCUUAAAGAUCUAAAGGAUCUCCAAGGUAAAAUUUCUUUUAAGGGGCUUGACAAUGUGCGAAGCCCAAUGCAUGCGCAGGAAGUGAACUUAUCCCACAGGAAGCUAAGUGAGUUGAGGUUGGAAUGGAGUGGUGUAUUUGAUAAUUCUCGAAAGGAAGCAGUUGAAAUGGAGGUCCUGAAUGUGCUGAAGCCUCACAAUGAUACUCUGAAAAAGCUUGGAAUUGUGUCAUAUGGAGGUACACAGUUUCCGAGUUGGGUUGGGGAUCCCUCAUUUCAUCGGUUGGCUAAAGUGAGACUAACUGGUUGUAAGAAGUGUACAUCUCUACCGCUACUUGGCCAGCUACCAUCACUUAAGGAGUUGGUUAUUGAAGGCAUGGAUGAGGUGAAAGUUGUGGGCUUGGAGUUGCUUGGGACUACUGGUCCUACAUUCCCUUCACUUGAAACUCUACAUUUCAAAGAUAUGAAAGGGUGGGAGGCAUUGUCAACCAAUAAUAAUGGGGUACUUGUGGGUACAGCAUUUCCAUGCCUUCAAGAGCUUCGUAUUGAACGUUGUCCUAAUUUGGUUAGAGUCUCACUUGAAGCAUUACCUUCUGUCAGGGUUCUAAGGAUAAGUGGGUGCGGUCAUGAAGUGGUAGGAAGUCUGGUUCGUUUAGCUUCAUCGGUCACCAAGUUGGAUAUAGAUAAUAUUUCAGGACUUAAUGAUCAGGUGUGGGGAGGUGUUAUACAGCAUCUUGGGGCUGUUCAAGAACUAACCAUUUCAAGGUGUAAUGAAAUAAGAUACCUGUGGGAAUCAGAAGCAGAGGCAAGUAAGGUUCUUGUGAAUUUAAGGAUAUUGUUUGUAAAUAAUUGUUCAAAUUUGGUGAGUUUAGGAGAGAACGAGGAGGAUAAUUGUGGGACCAACCUAACAUCUCUUACAAGGUUGAUCCUAGUGUAUUGUGACAGCUUGGAGCAUUGCAGUUGUCCAAAUAGCCUUAAGUCACUUUGGACUGCGGGUUGUAAUAAAUUACUGGAAAAGGAGUUGGUAGGAGGACGAAAGAAGCCUCUGAUCAACUCAAACAUACCAAAGCUUGAAUCUCUAUAUAUAAGUGAUUGGCCAAAUCUGAAAUCGAUCACUGAAUUGAGUUUCUUCAAUCACCUUUUGAAACUUGAAAUAAGCGAUUGUCCAAAUAUGGAGUCAUUUCCUGACCACGAGCUGCAAGAACUCAAUGUGUUAACACAUCUGACAAUAUUAGGUUGUCAAAAUAUGGAUUCUUCCUUUUCUCGUGGGCUUUGGCCUCCAAAACUGUGUCGCCUUCACAUAGGGGGGUUGAAGAAGCCCAUUUCAAAGUGGGGCCCACAGACUUUUCCAAUCUCACUUGUGGAGCUAGGGUUAAUGGGUGGACAGUCGGAAGAUGCCAGUAAUUUCAGUCAGUUGUCCCAUCUUCUUCCUCCAUCUCUUACUUCUCUUAAAAUAAGUGAUUUUGAGAAUGUGGAAUUUAUUUCAAUGGGACUACAACACCUGACCUCUCUACAGUAUCUCUCCAUUUACAACUGCCCAAAGGCGAUAGAUCUACCAGAAAUGUUGCUGCCUUCACUUUUGAGUUUGGAAAUCAAUGGAUGCCCAAAUCUGAAAGAAAGGAGUAGUAAAAGAGGCUCCUACUGGCCCCUCAUCUCACAUAUCCCCUAUACCUUCAUACUCUAGGCAGUUACAGACUUAAUCUGAAGGCCACUUUAAUUGAGAAUUUGAAAUCACUUUCAGUGGGACUUCAGCACCUCACUUCCCAAACAUGAUGAUACAAAAAAAAUGCUUGUUUCAGACUAUCAUGUUAAUUUUCUGGCUCUGAAUUUUGUUUAACUUUCAAUUGCGGACAAGUGUGAGUAGAAACUGAUACAUUCCUGAUUUCUGCAUAUGCUUCUCUACAACUUUCAAGGGGUAGUCCAAAUGUUUUGUUCACCGCCAGCAAGUUGUAUAUGAAACAUUAGAAACUCAUCUAUAUGUGUAAAUAAAGGGAAAACUAAGUAAAUAAAAGGGGUUUUAUUACUUGUCUUUUAUUUAAUAAAAUUGAAAGGAGAAAUCAUUAUUGAUUAUUA